CCGAUCUUCAUCCUUUGUCCACGCCGUACGUCAUGCUCCAUCGCUUCUCCCUCUCGUCCUCGUUUUUCUGCUUCUUCUUCUCUCGCUUCUCCAUCGCCAGCGAACUCCUCGAGAUGUCCCUGCACUACUCCCACCUUGCAUCCUAUCGUUGACACUCGGGCAAUGCCACUCCGUCUGUCUUAUCUCGACACUGCCGCUCUCCCCAGGGGGCUCCAAGCAUGUCCUGGGGUGUCAAGUUGAACAGACUGCAGCAUCUGUGGUUGCAACGGUUUGCCCCUCAACAUGCUCGUGCGCUUCCAUCCCGACCGGGGUGGCGUCCGUUCGCCCUCCGCCCGCCGUAUCUCUUCUUCAUCACCGGUUUCUUCUUUCUGAUGCUCCUGGCCCUCGAGGCCAUGCGCCGAUAUAGCAGCUACAACGGAGGACUGGUCUUCUUUUUCGAUACCGCCAAUGUCUCCCCCGCCGAGUCUUUCGCUUACAAUUAUGUGCCCAUCAUCGUCGCGCUGGUUCUCGUCAACCUCUGGACCUUUAUCGACUUCGACGUCCUUCGUCUUGAGCCCUACUUUCAACUCUCGCGCUCCAAGGGAACACCGGCUGCCACUCUUUUUAUCAACUACAACUUUGGCCAGUCUUUCCUCACCCCGAUUACCUCCGCCCGGAGAGGCCACUGGAUCGUGCUGCUCGUGUCUAUCGUUACCAUGUUCAUUCGCAUGUUCCUACCCGCGUUACAGAGCACCCUGCUAGAGUUGAGGGAAGUCACAAUUGUCUCAUCGGAGAGUGUGAAGAGCUGGCCCGAUCUCGUCAACCUACGCACCCAAGCCAGUUGGAUUGCUGCCCAGGCAUACAAUAACCUCGAUUCUGUCAUCGCAACCGGUGACGAUGCCCGACGGUCGCGAUCGUCCGAAUUUGCCGUCGCGCCGGUCGAAGUCUCCCAGGAUGACCAGCGUGAAAGUACAGUGUGGGCGAUGAACCAGACGGUCUACUGGUCGGAACUGUCCUGUCAGGAUAUUCUUUUGGAAGAUAAACUGUCAGUCACAAUUAAUGAAACCGGCGUCGAUUACCCAUUCAUCUCCUGGAACGUCACGGACAUCAACCUAGACAACAUCGAUGGAGUGCACAAGGACUGCACACUGGACUUUUCCUAUAGCAGUGUCUUCUUUCCGUCAACCGACUUUCUACAGGUCCGGUAUUGGGAGCCCGUGUCAUCGUCCAACAGAACCUCCUCUCCGAUGAAGAAAGCAUUCAAAGCUAGAGGCUGCGAUCCAUUUGAUCUCUACGGGGUUCUGAUCGGUGUCAAUGCAACGAGUCAAAGCAGUUCAUCUAAACCCGAGUAUUCAUCCUCUGCCCAGGCGUUCGCUUGUAAUAUUGCGUACCGCAAGGCAGAUGCUGAGGUGGUGAUGCACGCCAAUAGCUCGAUAAAUUCCAUCAAAACCCAUCCUGGAACCACCAGCAACAUGACUUAUUCACAGUUCAACAUCGCUCAGUUUCAGUCCCUUCUUUCUCAACGCGCGCCGUAUACCAGUGACUUGCUGUUUAUCCAGUACAACGAGAGCACAGGCGACCGUAGCGUGACCGAACUUCCCGUCAUAAGUCAGGACAUUGGCGAUUUUGAGCCUCUGCUAGUCCUUGACACGUCCUCUACCAUGACCCAGAGCGAAUUCCAAUCCAAGAUCACAAGAGGAGUCAAACAGUCGUUUAUCCUCACGUUCACCCGACUCUUCAACCCGGACAAGGAGCCAACGUCAAUCGAUGCAAUGAGAUUCAACAAGCAGGUAGCUAUUGCGGUGGUCUCGUUUGCUGCCCUGUGGUCCGAGGUCAUCCUAGGCAUAGCAACCGCCACAGGCCUUGUCCUGGUGUAUGUCUACCAGAACCGGGAGAAUAUGAUGCAAAGUGACCCGGGCUCACUCUCUGCAAUGUGCACUUUCGUGUCUGAACUACUCACGCCUACCAACAUCCUCACCAGAACGGACUAUGAUUUCCACCAGUUUUCCACAAGGCAGUUACGCCGGACCUUUCGAAAUGCAAGAUGCUAUUGGCAAGAUGGACCUCAAGGAAGGAAACUAGAGAUCGUUCCAGGCGAUGGCGAGCGCAUGGAUAUAGGAGAAAAUCUCCGCACCCGCGUCGACCCGAUGCCACAUUUCCUCGUGAUUCCCUUUUUCAUCGUCGAGUUCCUUCUUCUGGUCGCAGUGAUAACAUCUAUGGGCCUGAUUAUCGCAUCGCUUGUCAAGGAUGGUAAAUUUCGACAUCUUACUCAGUCAGACUCGAGCUUCCUGCAAGUUGUUCUUUCGUUCUUGCCGUCGAUGGUUGCAUCUUCCGUGGGGUCACUCUGCCAAUCAAUCCAUCGAAAUCUCAGCAUCCUCGAGCCUUGGGUUCACCUACAGAGGGGGAAGGCCAAGGCUCAAGCCUCGCUGUCGAUGAACUAUGCCUCUCAGACCCCGUUGGCAGUCUUAUUAAAAUCCGUCAAAGACCGCCACGUUCUGCUGGGCCUCGUGUCACUCACAUGCAUGCUGAACUUUGUGCUUACUGUGGUCGCGGGUGGUCUGUUUACUCAGCAAUUGACCACUUCUCCCUUUUCGAGCACAUCCGUGUUGUCGAAUUAUAGUAAUUCAGUGUUUCUGCAGACCGACUUUGCCGCUGAAUUUACUGAAUACGAUCUCAUCCAGACCGGUAUAACUAGCGGGGUCCCGAUAUUGCCUUGGAUGAGCUCAAAUUAUUCCUUUGUUCCCCUCAAAGUUGAUCGCCCAGAAUCGGAUGCCGCAUAUGGGGCGCAGACCUUGGGGAUUGGAAGUCACCUGGAAUGCCGUCAGCUGCCCAUCGCAGACUCACUUGUUGAAGAGCAAGGAACGGGAAAUACUUAUUGGGAUUAUCGUCCCUUUGACAAUCCCGACCGUCAAUGCCAGGUUAAUAUGACAUCGCUGAAAAAUAAGUCCGAAGAUAUCACACUCUCCAUUCACUUUCUCUCACCGGUGGCAGAUGAUCAGAUGGAUGAAUGUCAGUCAUCGACUGUGGUGGUGCUUGGGCGGUGGAACUACACAGCCGGAUCGGAUAUUACAAAUGACAACACAGUCGCCCUGCACUGCGAGCCUCGCAUCCGAAUGAAGUUGUUCUCCCUCGUUUUUGAUCGGCAGGGACAGAUCAAAGAAAGCGACCCAGUCAGGGACAGCUCUAUUACUUCUGGCUCCAUGUACGACAAUGCGACCGUCAGUCUCGGCCAAUUCAACAAAGCGUUCGCAGCGAUUCCACAGACCUUUACAGGAAAUGACACGACCGAUAACAGUUCGUAUAUAUCCUCAUACGACUGGGCCGGAUUUCUGGUAGCACGUCUCUACCAACGGGGCCAUCCGGAGAUCACCUCACUGGACCCAGCAUAUCUUAGUAACGUUUCUCAGACUGUAUACCAAUGGGUUUACAGUACAUAUUUUUCCCUCUGGAGGGACAUCUACCUGCAGCCGUUGGUCGAGCCAGCUCAAGCAACGAACGGCACGGUAAUCUACAAUACGUGGGCGAUGAGUCCUUCUAUACCUUCUUUGGCCAUCGCACUUAUCAUCAUCGGGAUUGACACGCUGGUCGUGUUAUUGGUGUUCGGCACCCGUCGUGGCCGUUUCAAGGGACCCCGGAUUCCACGAUCCAUCGGAGCGAUCAUUCCGUGGAUCGCACAUAGUCGGAUGCUUGAAGAUUUCCGGGGCACGUACCACUGGACGAGUAUGCAGCGACGCCGUCACCUUGCAGCAUUAAAUAAGUUGUAUGGGUUCCGGAUGUUUCUGGGACCGGAUGGGCGGUACCGGUUUGCUGUUGAUGAGGAGCCGCCGGAAGAAGAGAAACCGCCUGAUCCGGUCGAUGAGGGGACGGUGGAUGUUUCCAAGAUAGGAGGCAUUCAGCUCCAGGAACUUGGGCGGUCCACUGCUCGGGAAUGAUUAUGAUUAAUGACUUGUAUUAUAUUGAUUGCUAGAAGUGUACUUUUGGAUAUACGGCUGUGCCUAAAAGUUACAAUAUAAUUUUGGAAUCCUUC